AUGGCGCAUGCUAAGUUGGCGUUGCAGGUUCCGGCACCAGCUCCGGCGUCGUCAUCGAAUGGGCCUAUGAUGUUGGACGAUUCGCAGAACAUUGACUACUCCGAAACAUUCAGCCCUGUUAUGAAGCCCACAACCAUUCGGUCUAUCCUUGCUCUAGCUGUAUCACAAGGUUGGGCCCUUCGCCAAUUGGAUGUAAAAUAUGCAUUCCUGCAUGGAAUGCUAUCAGAGGAAGUUUACAUGGCUCAACCCCCAGGUUUUGAGGAUCCUACUCAUCCAGACUAUGUAUGCAGGCUUCACCGUUCUCUGUAUGGGCUUAAGCAAGCCCCACGGGCAUGGUUCCAACAUCUUUCACAGUAUUUGGUUGGUCUGGGCUUUGUCGCAUCCAAGACCGAUCCGUCGCUGUUCCUAUAUCGGUCGAGUUCGGUGAUUAUUUAUUUGCUAAUUUAUGUAGAUGAUAUAAUUGUGACUAGUAACACUGCAUCCCAGGUUACAGCACUAUUGCAGCAACUGGCGAAUGAAUUUUCUAUUAAGGACCUUGGUCCUCUUCACUUCUUUCUUGGCAUUGAGGCGAUCCACUCUAAAGGACUUCUAUUAUCUCAUUCACGUUAUAUUCGUGAUUUACUACAACGUGCUGGUAUGACGAAGUGCAAACCAAUCCUGACACCUAUGGCAGUCUCUUCAUCCUCGGAUUCAGGGGGUGAAAAAUUUAGUGAUCCCAAGCGCUAUCUCUCCAUAGUAGGCGCACUCCAAUAUAUUACACUCACACAUCCUAACGUGGCCUUUGCAGUUAAUAGGGUGUGUCAGUUCAUGCACUCUCCUACUAACCAUCACUGGUCCAUGGUAAAAUGCAUUCUGCGUUACCUUAAGCACACCAGCACUCAUGGUUUUUUGCUUGAACGGUCUACCAAUCUUGGGCUACAGGCAUUUUCAGAUGCUGAUUGGGCAGGCAAUGACUCGGAUCGCCGGUCUACUGGGGGGUACGCAAUUUUUCUAGGCCCCAACCUGAUCUCUUGGCAAUCUCGGAAACAAAAAACCUUUUCUAGAUCAUCUACUGAAUCCGAAUACAAAGCUCUCGCAGAUGCAACGGCUGAGUUGAUUUGA